UGCAGUUUGUUUUGACAGCAGUAAGUAAAAGUGAAACUAAACUACAGAUUUAAAAGAAAUCAUUACUGAGCUCAGAACAUACCAAGACAGAAUGGCGUCUGGAUCUUCUCUCCUGGAAGAGGAGCUCUCCUGUCCUGUGUGCUCUGAAAUCUUCAGGGAUCCUGUUCUCCUGAGUUGCAGUCACAGCUUCUGUGAAGCCUGUCUGCAGCAGUGCUGGGAACAGAAGGGAUCUCAGGAGUGUCCAGUUUGCAGGAGAAGAUCUUCCAAGCAUGAACCUCCCCUUAACCUGUCUCUAAGGAAUACCUGUGAGGCGUUCUUAAAGGAGAGAAGUCAGAGAGAAAAAGCUAAAUUCGAACUCUGCAGACUGCACAGUGAGAAACUCAAACUCUUCUGUUUGGAUGAUGAUGAACCCAUUUGUGUGGACUGUUUAAGAGAAAAACACAGAAAUCACAGCUUCUGUCCAAUAGAGGAGGCUGCUCUGAAAUAUAAGGAGAAACUUAGGACUGCACUGGCUCCACUGCAAGAGAAGCUUAAAGCCUUUAAUGCAGUGAAACUAAUCUGUGAUCAAACAGCAGAGCACAUCAAGAGCCAGGCCCAGCACACAGAGAGACAGAUAAAGAUGGAGUUUGAGAAACUUCAGCUGUUCCUAAAAGAUGAAGAGGCAGCCAGGAUCACUGCAUUGAGGGAGGAAGAGGAGCAGAAGAGUCAGAUGAUGAAGGAGAAGAUUGAGAAGAUGACAGAAGAGAUAUCAUCCCUUUCAGAACAAAUCAGAGCCAUAGAACAGGAGCUGGGAGCUGAAGACGUCUCAUUCCUGCAGCCACGCCCACAGCACGUGACUCCUGAAUAUUAUUGCAGAGCCCAGUGCACACUUGCGGAUCCAGAGAUGGUCUCAGGAGCACUGAUUAAUGUGGCCAAGCACCUGGGCAAUCUGAAGUACAGAGUGUGGGAGAAGAUGCUGGGGACUGUUCAAUACACUCCUGUGACUCUGGACCCAAACACAGCACAUCCCAGCCUCUCACUGUCUGAGGAUCUGACCAGUGUGAGAUGGAGAGGUGGGAGACAGCAGGUUCCGGAUAAUCCAGAGAGAUUUGAUGAGUUGCCGUUUGUGCUGGGCUCUGAGGGAUUCAGCUCAGGGAGACACUGCUGGGAUGUAGAUGUGGGGGAUGAUGAAUGGGUAUUGGGUGUGGCUAAAGAGUCUGUCAUCAGGAAAGGGGCUGUGGAUUGGAGCCCAGCAGGAGGAGUGUGGUGUAUAUGGCAGCACGAUGGGGAAUACAAAGCCCUGGCCUCCCCACGUACAGUCCUCACUGUGCAGAGGAAACUCCAGAGGGUCAGAGUGCAGCUGGACUGGGACAGCGGGGAGGUGUCAUUCUCUGAACCCAGUGACAACACUCCUCUCUACACUUUUAAACACUCCUUCACUGAGAGAAUGUUUCCAUUCUUCUAUCUUGGUCUUCAGCAGAUCUGUCCACUGAAGGUGUCUGUAAGAGUGGAAUAGUGCUGUGGUUUGUGGGCAAGGAUCAGGUGAACAGACUGCUUCUAUCACUUUGAUUAAUGAGAUAAAAAUAUCUAUUACGAUGUUUUCUUUAAUUAUUUAAAAAAUAAAGAUCCAUGUCUGCAGUAGUUCAUGAUGAAUGUAACUUUGUAAUAUCAUGAUUUCAAUGUUGCAGUAAAGCAUUGGUUUGUGUGUAAUAAGUUGAAUUGUAAUAAACGCACCAGUGGAAU